GAGUGCCAUUUGGAACAUGUCUGGAUUCUCCUGCUGUCGCUGUCUCAUCAGUUUCUCUUCAGUGUCUCUUCCAUGAGAAAAAAAAAAAAAGUUGUUCCACGUAAUGUUCACAGACAGUUAUGAAAAGAAGAGGAGACAAGGAGGAGCAGGGUGUGUCUGUGUAUUUCAUGGUGCAACAAUCGAGGCCCCUUAUUAACACGUUGCUGCUUCUUGGCUUCAGCUCUGAAGACUAGAAAUUAAAACCUUUGGGCUUCUCUCCAUUUGAAAACACUCGACUUGAGUAUAAAUGCAACAAUGCAAACGCCAAGGACGUGGAUUGUGUUCAUCUGUCUGAGUGGAAUAAUUUCAUCAGGACAAAACCUAGACUCUGGUCAUGACACGGAUGCUUUAAUGGAAAUCUCCACUGACGCUCCUGAAUUAUUAAUAGCACCCAUUCCUUCACCAAGGAUUGAUGCAGGAGUGACACUGCUGGAUGCACAUGCUGCUGCAGAGAGUGAAGAUGAGCAUCUCCAAGCAAAUGCUGAAAAGGAGACUGAGCAGGAAAAAACUGAUUUCACAAACCUGGAAGCCGGUAGAAGAAGGAGAAGCGCCUGGGGGACGAGAAAACAUGCAGCUACAGUGGAGUCCAUCGCAUAUAGAAUAGCAGGUUUGGGGCGACCCAUGAUUGGCUGGAGAAAGCGCGGAAAAGGAGAAGACGUGAGCAGCGCUCUUCUGGCUGCACUCAGGGUACUUCAUGCUGAGAAGAGAAGACUGAUGGAUCUCAGCAAAGCACGAGAGGAGGAGGAAGAUGAUGACGACGAUGAAGAUGAGGACGAUGAUGAUGAUGAUGAUGAUGAUGAUGAUGAUGAGGACGAUGAUGAUGAAGAUGAGGAGGAGGAGGAGGAGGAAGAAGAAGAGGAAGAAGAGGAGGAAGCGGAAGAAGAAGAGGAAGAGGAAGAGGAAGAAACAACUGAGUCACCCAGCAAUCAAACAGAAACGCUCACCAGUUUUACAGAGUCUCCUGUUAAGUGUCAGAGUACUGAGAGAGAAAUCACCUGCAGGGGCAUCGGCAUGAUUCACCUGCCAAGCUUCCAUAACCUGGAGGCCACUAAGCUGGACUUGGCAGAGAACAACAUCAGAAUCAUCACUGCACAAGCUUUCUCUGGCCUUCUUAACCUGGACACACUGGACCUGAGCCAAAACGUACUGGACGAUGAGUCGUUCAGCCAAAACCCGCUUUCUAACUUGACCUUUCUGAAGAAGCUGAAUCUGGAUGGCAACCAGAUCACCAUGAUCCCAGUGCUUCCUCCAUCUCUGGAGGAGCUCAAAGUGAAAAACAACAGGCUGAGUACACUUACCCCACACUGCUUCAAAGGUUUGAUGAGCCUCCUGAAGCUAGAGCUGGAAGGGAAUACCCUUCAUGAGGGCAGUGUGUCCCCUCUAGCUUUCAGACCACUACAGAGACUUCUGGACCUCCACCUGAACAACAAUAGCUUCCGCUCCCUACCUCUGAACCUUCCACCCUCUCUUCAGACGCUUAAAAUGAAUGAAAAUCUGAUUAAGGAGGUGACAGAGGAGGCGCUGAGGAACUGCAUUCAUUUGAGAGUGCUGGAACUGAGUCGCAACCAUCUGCACGAGCAAGGCAUCGUUACUCAUGCCUGGACCCGUCUCAAGUCCUUGGAAGUCUUGGAUUUAUCCCACAACCUGUUCACCUCCGUUCCGCUGAAUCUGCCUCGCGCCCUUCGUAAACUGACCCUUCAACACAACAGCAUCAGUCACAUCCGUGCCUUCACAUUUCGUCACCUGCGGCCUGGCCUGCAGUCCCUGUGUCUGUCCCACAAUGCCCUGAGCAAUGAGGGUAUCGAACAGUUCUCUUUUGUUGGAACUUACCGCUCACUGGAUGAGCUCUUAUUGGACAACAAUCGCCUCGGAGAGGUCCCGCGCUGCGUCAGGCAGUUUAAGAGCCUGCAGGUGCUGAGACUGAACAACAAUCAGAUCAGGCUGGUGAGGCGGUGGGGAGUGUGCCACCCUCACAAUUCGGGCUCCUUGGCUUCAGUCCACCUUGAAAAUAAUCAUCUGGAAGUCGAGAAGAUUCCUCCAAAUGCUUUCUCCUGUCUCACUGACCCUCAGGGACUUGUCCUAUAUCCCCAGCAGUGGUCCACAUAUGACUAAUAGGCCAGACAGUGGGACAGACAUGCAGGAACACAUGCACACACAUCAAAAGUGACAUACACCCACAUAAUUCUUUGUAAGUUUGUUUUUCUUCUCACUUUUGCAUCUUUUUAAUCAUCCUAUAAUCAUGCAGGGUUUGCAGGACAAUAGUUCUACCAUGCCGUUUGCUUAGUCUGUUGGAGCCUUUGUUGUAUCAUCUCUAA